AUGCUGCUAACAUCUGUUUUAUUCUUGUGUGCUUCUGCCGUGAAGAUUGUGUCAGGGGCAGAUUGGUGCUACCAGUCCCAAGUUACAUGCAGCAAUCGCACCUGCUCAGGUCCGGAUUCGUGGGGUGGGGUUUCACCGCCCUGUGAUGGCAGAUCCCAGUCCCCAGUUAACAUUGUUACCAGGAGAUUGAUAAGAGAUGAACGUCUCACUCCUUUCCAGUUCACUGGCUACCAAGAAACGUUUCACGGUCGCCUUCUAAACAACGGUCACUCCCUACAACUGGAUUUGCCCUCAAGUAUUCAGAUCACCGGAGGAAAUCUGGCCACAACAUACAAGGCAGUUCAACUUCACAUACACUGGGGCAAAGAUGGAGGUCCAGGAUCUGAACACACGAUUGAUGGAGAGCAGUUUCCAAUGGAGAUGCAUAUUGUCCACAUAAAAGAAGAAUAUGACUCUUUAUCCCAGGCUGUCAGAGACCCUUCAGGAGUGGCUGUUCUUGGAUUUUUAUUUGAGGAAUCAAGUUCUGCAAACAAGAAAUUUGAUCCCCUCAUUAAUGCUCUGAAAAGUAUCACUCAACCCACCAACUUCACAACACUGGAAGGUGUGUUCCUGGAUAUGUUCAUUCCUGCUCAGAAGAAUUUGAGCAAGUAUUUUCGCUAUGACGGCUCCCUCACCACACCUGACUGUUCUGAAGCUGUCGUCUGGACCCUGUUUACAAGCACUGUGCAACUCAGCAGGGAACAGCUUGCUGCAUUCAAUGAGCUUCAGUUUUCUGAUGGAAAGCCAAUGGCAAAAACCUACAGACCAGUGCAGCCCUUGAAUGGAAGGAAAAUUUAUUACUCUGCAGGCUAUGCUGCUGUGGUUAGUGCUGUGUUGCUUAUCAGUUCAGUGCUGGUAUCCACUGUUGGUGCACUCUCCUGA